AUGGAAGCUGAUGACAUCACAGUCCUGCAGUGCACACUGCAGGAUCCAGAGAGGGUUUCAGGAGCUCUGAUCAAUGUGGCAAAACACCUGGGCAACCUGAAGUUCAGAGUCUGGGAGAAGAUGCAGGAGAUUGUCCAAUACACUCCUGUGACUCUGGAUCCCAACACUGCACACCCAGAUCUCAUCCUGUCUGAGGAUCUGACCAGUGUGAGAGACAGCGAUGAGUGGCAGCAGCUUCCUGAUAACCCAGAGAGAUUUGAUGAGAAGGCCAGUGUCCUGGGCUCUGAGGGCUUUAACUCAGGGACUCACUGCUGGGAUGUGGAGGUUGGAGAGAACACAUGGUGGGUUGUUGGUGUGAUGACAGAGUCUCUCCAGAGGAAGGGAGACUAUACCUCCAUGAGUGGAUGGUGGUAUGUGGGUUAUGAUGAUGAUGAAUAUGGAGCAUAUUCUCCACCACAGCCCUCCACUCGCCUCACAGUGAAGCAGAAACUCCAGAGGAUCAGAGUGCAGCUGGACUGGGACAGAAGAAAACUGUCAUUCUCUGACCCUGAUAAUAACACACAUCUACACACUGUCACACACACUUUCACUGAGAGAGUGUUACCAUACUUUAAUGUUACCUGUAAUCUCUCUCCUCUGAGGAUGUUACCAGUGAGAGCUUCAUCGUCCAUGAAUUCUCAGGGCCACUGUUCUGGGGUCAGACAUGAGUGA